GACGCUGAUGUGAUCCAGCAGCGGCACCAACUCUCCGUGCGACCACAGCUCAGCAUCUCUCUCGUCAGCCGCUUCCUCAGCACCAGGCGAGUCGGGACGUGUCCUCCUUCUCCACAGCGAGACGCUAACUCGCGGGAUUUACCCCAUCCGAAGAAGAAGUCGUCCGUUCUUCUCUUUUUCUCCUUAACUUCACAUUUUUUUUGUUUUUGUGUUUUUUUGUUGUUUUUUUUUUGCCGGUCGCAAAGAUGAACGUAGGCUGCGUCAUCCUGGCGUGCACCUUGUUCGCGGGAGCAUCCUCGGGGAGUAAGAUGGGCCUGGCCGUGAAACCUUCUUGCAGAUCAGGCUUCUCCCAGAACUUCUACACGGUGCUAGUCCCCAGAGUUGUGCUGCACGGUCAGAACAUCCUCAAAGUGAAGUUUGAAGACUGCCAGCGCAGCAAAGAGGUGGGCUUUGUUAGUAGCGACCCCAACUUCGGUGUGAGGCCAGAUGGGACCGUGUAUGCCGAGCAGGAGUUGUCCAACCUUUCAGAACCCAUCCAGUUCAUGGUGACAGCCCGGGAACUCUUUGACCCGCACAUCUGGGAGACCACUGUAAAGCUGGCACCAGCUGGACACCCCCACCCUUUACCCCUGACAAAGGUUGGCAUUGAAGAAAUGCUAUCAAGAGUGUGGGACUCCCAACCCAGAGUCUUCAAGUUUGCCCGUAAACAUCAGAGAAGUUCCUAUGCCAAUGGACUGAGGCGACAGAAGAGGGACUGGGUCAUCCCACCCAUCAAUGUGCCGGAGAAUUCCCGAGGACCCUUCCCUCAUAUGCUUGUCAGAAUUCGCUCGGACCAGGACAAGGAUGUUGGCAUUCGCUACAGCAUCACCGGGGCAGGCGCUGAUCAGCCCCCCAGCGGCAUCUAUAACAUCGACCCCAUCAGCGGCAACAUGUUUGUCACCCAACCCCUGGACAGAGAGGAGCGAGCCUCCUUCCACUUGCGAGCGCAUGCAGUGGACAUGAACGGCAACCAGGUGGAGAAUCCGAUAGAUCUGUACAUCUAUGUGAUUGAUAUGAACGACAACCGACCUGAGUUUAAAAAUCAGGUGUACAACGGUUCUGUGGCUGAAGGAUCCAAACCAGGCUCAUCAGUUAUGCAAGUGACAGCCAGCGACUCGGACGACUCCACCACAGCUAACGGCAUGGUUCGCUACCGCAUCCUCUCCCAGACUCCCCACAGCCCCAUCCCCAACAUGUUCACCAUCAACAGUGAGACCGGAGACAUAGUUACAGUUGCAGCCGGUCUGGACAGAGAGAAAGUCUCCCAGUACACCAUUAUCGUCCAGGCCACGGAUAUGGAGGGGAACUUGAACUUCGGCUUGUCCAACACAGCCACAGCACUGAUCUCCAUCACAGACAUCAAUGAUAAUCCACCAGAACUAACAGUCAGGACGUUUUCUGGGGAGGUACCGGAGAACAAGGUGAACGUCGUGGUGGCCAACCUGACAGUGGUGGACAGAGAUCAGCCCCACAGUCCCAACUGGAACGCGGUGUACCGCAUCGUCAGUGGAGACCCCUCCGGACAUUUCACCAUCCGUACCAAUCCUGUCACUAAUGAGGGCAUGCUGACCGUAAUAAAGCCCGUGGACUUUGAGAUGAACCGGGCCUUCAUGCUGACAGUGGUCGUGUCCAACCAAGCCCACCUGGCCAGCGGCAUCCAGUCGUCACUUCAGUCCACAGCUGGGGUCACCAUCUCGGUUCAGGAUGUGAAUGAGCCCCCUGUCUUUCCCGUCAACCCUAAGAUGAUCCGCUUCGAGGAAGGUGUUCCGGCAGGGACCACCCUUACUGUGUUUUCCGCACAAGACCCGGACCACUUCGUCCAUCAGAUUGUCAGGUACUCCAAACUAUCUGAUCCAGCCAACUGGCUGAGGAUCAACAGGACCAAUGGCCAGAUCACCACAAUGGCCGUGCUUGACAGAGAGUCCAUGUACGUCAGAAACAACAUAUAUGAGGCCACAUUUCUGGCUUUCGACAAUGGUAAGUCUGGUUCUCCUCAAGCCAGCGGGACGGGAACCCUCCAGAUCUACCUGAUCGAUGUGAACGACAACCCGCCAGUACUUACACCCCAGGAGGGCCAAGUGUGUCAACGAGCACGCCCCAAUUCUAGGAUAAACAUCACCGCUUCGGACGCCGACUCCGACCCCAAUGUGGGGCCGUUUGGGUUCGAGCUGCCGACAUUUCCUCCCAGUGUGCGCCGCAACUGGACCAUUAACAGAAUCAGCGGUGACUAUGCUCAGCUCAGGUUGAGGAUUCCUCACUUGGAAGCUGGCGUGUACGAGAUUCCCAUCACUGUGUCCGAUUCUGGGAACCCUCAACUGUCCAACCGCUCUAUGAUCAGAAUCAAAGUGUGUCCGUGUGACAACAACGGGGACUGCAGCGCCACGGGUGCUGUGGCGGCCGCCGGCCUCGGCACGGGGGCCAUCAUUGCCAUACUCAUCUGCAUCAUUGUACUACUCAGCAUGGUGCUCCUGUUUGUGGUGUGGAUGAAGCGCAGAGAGAAGGAAAAGCAGGCAAAGCCGCUCCUGAUCGACCCCGAGGAUGACGUCCGGGACAAUAUUCUCAAAUAUGACGAGGAAGGCGGAGGAGAGGAAGAUCAGGACUAUGACCUGAGCCAGCUCCAGCAACCUGAGUCCUUGGACCACAUCAUCAAUAAACCAACGGGAGUACGCAGGGUGGAUGAGAGGCCUGUCAUCCCGGAGUCACAGUAUCCUGUCAGACCCAGUCUGCCCCACCCUGGAGAUAUAGGAGACUUCAUCCAUGAUGGUCUUCGGGCAGCAGACAAUGACCCCACAGCUCCCCCGUACGACUCCCUGCUGGUGUUCGACUACGAGGGCAACGGUUCGACCGCCGGUUCAGUCAGCUCACUCAACUCCACCAGCUCAGGGGACCAGGACUAUGACUACCUCAAUGACUGGGGCCCUCGCUUCAAGAAGCUGGCUGACCUUUACGGAGGAGGCGACGAUGACUGAGAGAAGAUGAGGGGCCGGGGGUGCGUGGGGUCUUUGGGGCUGUGCCAGGGGUUCAAGAGAGGAGGGUCUUGAAUAGGUGCAUGGCCCUUGGAAAAGCCCGGGUCGCAGCCAGGAAACAUUACCCAGGCUCUACCGGGGACGUGUCGGGACUGGACACAGUCUUGGAAUUCCACUGCAACUGUAUUCUGGCUUUAUACCUUUCAUGGGUAAAUUUGUAGGGGUAAUGUUUUUAAGUUGUUGUUCUCUCACCGUGCUGGACCCCAAGCUGCCUGGGGAUGAAUCAAGGCGUUCGUGAGAGGCACACUCGCGGUACUUUUAAUGAUUGUUUCAAGAAUAUCAAAAUAUCAUCUCUUGCUUUAGUCUCACACUGAAGAGAAUGUUUCUGGGAAGAAGCCCUCUGACUCUUACUCUCAACUUGAAUUUCCUUAGAACAGAAGCACUGUCAUUUUAUAAAGUGCCUUUUGUGGUGUGUUUUUUGUAUCAGACUCCUGCUAUCUCAGGAUCGGUUGCCAUUCAUGCAGUACAGGGAAGGUCUUAUCUCAUCAUCGCCUCCCUCUCGGCCCCUCAAACCAAUCUUGCCCGUCACUCUCCGUAUCUCCCCUCCCAGUGGUCCAGCAGACAGGGGAACAACAUGGGCGCACUUCUAACUCUCUCAUGGCCCUGAAUUAUCCCAUAAGUGUUGGACAAACUUCCCUGUCACAAAUAUCUCACAUUUUCAACACAAACGCGGCUAUACAGUGAUAUCUCGGGAGACUAUGUUUAAUAGUCAGUUGGGAUUUGUAAAUUAGUGGAGAACGCCUGCCUUUCCUCUGUGGACUCAUGAACUUAGGAGCCUUGAUGUUGAGAUGCUUGCUUGCCGUCUAUGGUUUUCUGUUGCUUUCUCCACGAUGUAAAGCUGACAUAUAAGGCAUGAUCUGAAGAAAGUGGGGACCUGAAAUCCCUCGGAAUCAAGGCCUCUGACACGUUCCUGAAACAUCACUGACACCUUUAACAUUCCCGUUUUUUACCGGCCAACAAACACUAUCAAGGUGCAUGAUUUUUCUGCUUUUUCUUUUUCCAAAUUGUUUUCUUCAAAGCACUUGUUAGUAUGUGGUGAGAAUGUGGAAGUAGUCAACAGAAACUGUAUGAAUAUACCCUGUAUAAAGACACUGAGAAAAUAAAAAUACUGUAACAUA